GACCUGGCGCGGGCUCGGCUCUCGCGUUCUCGACCCGUGCAGCACUCCAGCCCGCCAGCCGCGGGAGCCGCCUCCGCCCCCGGAUGGGCUGAGGAAGUCGGGAGGGUGGGGGAUCCAGCCGGAGCCCGCGCGGAGAGCGCCCCGCCGCUGCCUGACUCGGCGCCCGCAAUCCGGGCGCGGCGCACCGGCCACUGCUGCACGGAUGUCCCCCGGAGCUGCGGGCUGGCAGGACCUGCUGCUUUCCCCUGAGUUUCUGGGGUAUGGAAACUGCAGUCCCCGCUGUCUGCCCAGCCCUCCUGUGUACCUGCUCCCUGUCUGUCCCAUUGGGGUUGGUGGCUACCCUGGGGAAUUUUGCUGUUCAGCAUCUAUAAGUACCUACAAGUCUGGGAUCCUGAGGCUGCCAGCGGACUAUGGGUACAACGGCCAGCACAGCUCAGCAGACAGUCUCGGCAAGUGCCCCCUUUGAGGGUCUCCAGGGCGGAGGCACGAUGGAUGGCCGGCAUUCCCUCAGUGUCCACUCCUUCCACACCACGAGCUUGCACAACAGCAAGGCCAAGUCCAUCAUCCCCAACAAGGUGGCUCCUGUCGUGAUCACAUACAACUGCAAGGAGGAGUUCCAGAUCCAUGAUGAGCUGCUCAAGGCCCAUUAUAAGCUAGGCCGGCUCUCCGACUCUACUCCUGAGCACUACCUGGUACAGGGCCGCUACUUCCUGGUGCGGGAUGUCACUGAGAAGAUGGAUGUGCUGGGCACUUCAGGGAGCUGUGGGGCUCCCAACUUCCGACAGGUGCGGGGUGGACUUCCUGUGUUUGGCAUGGGGCAGCCUAGCCUCUCAGGGUUCAAGCGAGUUCUCCAGAAACUCCAGAAGGAUGGACACAAGGAGUGUAUCAUCUUCUGUGUGAGGGAGGAGCCUGUGCUGUUCCUCCGUGCUGAUGGGGACUUUGUGGCCUACACACCUCGAGACAAGCAGAGCCUUCACGAGAACCUCCGGGGCCUGGGGCCUGGGGUCCAGGUGGAGAGCUUGGAGCUGGCCAUCCGGAAGGAGAUCCACGACUUUGCCCAGCUGAGUGAGAACACGUAUCUUGUGUACCACAACACAGACAACCUCCGAGGGGAGCCCCAUGCAGUGGUCAUCCGGGGUGAGGACGACGUGCAUGUGACUGAGGAGGUGUACAAGCGACCGCUCUUUCUGCAGCCCACAUAUAGGUACCACCGCUUGCCCCUUGCAGAGCAAGGGGCCCCCCUGGAAGCCCAGCUUGAUGCCUUUGUCAGUGUCCUCCGGGAGACCCCCAGCCUGCUGAGGCUCCGAGAUGCCUCUGGGCCUCCCCCUGCCCUCCUCUUCAGCUGCCAGUCAGGUGUGGGCAGGACUAACCUGGGCAUGGCUCUAGGUACCCUCCUGUUGUUUCACCAAGGUGGCGCCAGCUUUCAGCCAGACGCUGCCCCCCCACAGACCAAGCUGCCCAUGGAGCAGUUCCAGGUCAUCCACAGCCUCCUCCGCACUGUGCCGCAGGGAUGGAAGAUGGUGGAGGAGGUGGACAGAGCCAUUGCUGCCUGUUCAGAGUUGCAUGACCUAAAGGAAGUGGUCCUGGAAAGCCAUAGGAAGUUGGAAGGUGUCGGGCCAGAGAACCCUGUGCAGGGAAGUGGUGGUCAGCACAGUGUCCGGCAGAGGGCACUGCAGAGCCUGGAGCGGUACUUCUAUCUGAUUCUGUUUAACUACUAUCUCCAUGAGCAGUACCCCCUGGCCUUUGCCCUCAGUUUCAGCCGCUGGCUGUGUGCCCACCCUGAGCUGUAUCGCCUGCCAGUGACUCUGAGCUCCGCAGGUUCUGUGACUCCUGGGGAUCUCAUGGCCAAGGGCUCCCUGAAGGCGGAUGAUCUCGUCUCCCCAGAUGCGCUCAGCACCCUCAGAGAGAUGAACGUAGCCAACUUCCGUCGUGUUCCUCGAAUGCCCAUCUAUGGCAUGGCCCAGCCCAGUGCCAAGGCGCUGGGCAGCAUCCUAGUCUACCUGAUGGAUGCCAAGAGAAAGCUGCAGCAGGUGGUGUGGAUCAACCUGAGGGAGGAGGUCAUGCUAGAGUAUGACGGCCACACCCACAGCCUGCAGCAGCCCGGGCCUCCCAUGACUUCUGACCAGUUAGAGGCCCUGGAGAUGCAGCUAAAGGCCCAUCUGAGCCAGCCUGGCCCUGCCCUGAAGGGCCCAGCUGGCCCCAGGGUCCAGACGUGCUUCACCAUGCAGGAGGUCUUCAGUCAGCACCGUGGGGCCUGUCCUGGCCUCACUUACCACCGCAUCCCCGUGCCAGAUUUCUGUGCCCCCCGAGAGGAGGACUUUGACCGGCUGCUGGAGGCCUUGAGGGCUGCCCUCGCCAAGGACCCGGGCACUGGUUUUGUGUUCAGCUGCCUCAGUGGCCAGGGCCGGACCACGACUGCCAUGGUGGUGGCUGUGCUGGCCCUCUGGCAUAUCCAGGGCUGCCCCGAGGUGGGUGAGGAAGAGCUCGUGAGCGUGCCUGAUGCUAAAUUUACCAAGGGCGAGUUUCAGGUGGUGAUGAAGGUGGUCCAGCUGCUGCCUGAUGGGUACCGCGUGAAGAAGGAAGUAGAUGCAGCACUGGACACUGUCAGCGAGACCAUGACACCCAUGCACUACCACCUGCGGGAGAUUAUCAUCUGUACCUACCGCCAGGCAAAGGCUGCCAAGGAGGCCCAGGAGACACGGAGGCUGCAGCUGAGGAGCCUGCAGUACCUGGAGCGCUAUGUCUACCUGAUCCUUUUCAAUGCCUACCUCCACGUAGAGAAGGCCCACACCUGGCAGAGGCCCUUCAGCACUUGGAUGCGGGAGGUGGCGUCAAAGGCUGGAGUCUAUGAGAUCCUCAACCAGCUGGGCUUCCCGGAGCUGGAGAGCCAGGACCAGCCCCUCUCCAGACUACGCUAUCGCUGGCAGGAGCAGAGCCGAGACCCUGAGCUCUCUUCUGCUGAGGACUACUUGUAGGAGUUCCUCCUGCUCCCCCCAUUCCUUGAGGCCCCCCUCCCCCCAGUCUGGGGCUUGAGGUUCUCACAAGUAGAAAGGGUUCUCAGCAUCCAGUAGAGACGCUUUGUUUGGAAAGAGGUUUUUUAAUGGAACACACAGAGAAGAUGCACAGCCAUUCCUUGUAAAUCCAGAGGUACCGGACGCUCCUCCAGUGAGGCCUAUGUGUGUGUGCCUUGCACACCGGUGGACAUUGGGUUCACUUUCCAAAUUGCCCUACAGCCAGUGGCCACUCCUGGCCUCUUCCCUCUUAGCAGUCAGAUCACCCUGCCACAUUCCUUCCCAUUCUUCCUCGGGCUGUUCUGCCCCUUGCCCAUCUCCUUUUUAUCAUCUGAGCGCUGCUCUGGGGUCUCCAGCUGCUUGAGGUGAAUGAGGGGAUGGCUCGGGGUGGAUUCAUUCCUUUUAAAGGUAGCUUUGCCCAGUUUCCUUCUGUCUUCUGCCUGUUUCUAGCUUGGGAGACUGCAAGAGCCACCUGUAUGGCUGGGCUGGCUAAGAUUUGGCCUUUCCUCCUUUCCUCCUUUCCCCCUCUUCUCUCUCCUGCUCUGGCAGGGGAUGGAAACAUCAGGUUGUCCCUCUCACUGGGAGCCACAAGCUUCUAGAAGUAUGAGUACCAUGGAGGAGGCCUGCUGGCCUCCUUUGUCCUUUGUCCAAGUCUGAGCAGCAGGUGCCAAGAGCCAUGACCCCUCUGCAUCUCACUGUCCCCACAGCCAGGGGGAGCCCAAGGGUGCCUGGGUUGAGGCUGGUUGCUGGGAGACCUUGGUGACCAGUGGGCCAUGAGACAGGAGUCUAAGCUGUCUUUCUGGUGGGAAGCAGCUAGACAGGUCCUGAUGAGCUGGGUCCAGGGUCAGCUUUGCAUGUGGGCCAGCUGUGGGGAAUAGAUGCAGUGGCUGUGCCUGCAUGAAGGGCUGGAGCCUGGGGUUGACCACCACCCAUCCAUUUCCUUGGGGCCAAGGAGCCUCUUCAUUUGGGCUCAUGCUUUUCUGCUGAAAGAGAAAUACGUCAUUCAUUGGCCAUAGUAUUUAGCAAGGAGAAAAGAGGUUGGAGUUGUUCACAUCUACACAGUAUUGGAAAAUAUUGAUACUCUUAGCUGAAGUCUUUUGCAAAAACUACUGUAUGUCCACCCACAACCUUUUCAGGGCUUUGUUUUUAUUUUUUUAAAUACAUUUUUUGCAUGUAUGCAGAAGUGUUUAUUUCUUUGCAGACAAGGUCUAGUUGAGGAGUUGGAGACAGGGCUGAACUGGGAUGGAUUCUUUGCUUCUCAUGGUUGGCUCUGUCACAUGUGUUGGGACCCUUUGGCCGAUCACGUCACCUCUCUGCCUCAGUUUCCCCAUCUGCAAAAUGGGAGAAUAAUACUUUGCCUACCUACCUCACAGGGGUGUUGUGAGGAAUCAUUUGUGAUUUUUUUUUUUUGUACAGAGCUUUUUAGCAUUAAAUUCAGCUUAACUGUGA